AUGGGAGAGAUAGAAGGAACAUACAGAGUCCUGCAGACCCCUGGCUCUCGUUUGGGUGCCCAGAAGACCGCAGGAGUGAGUACCUUGGAGCCUGGACAGAACCUCUCUACUGCAAUGGCAUCGUCGCCUGCCAAAGCGCAUGAGCGGGACCUACCACUCAAAAUAAAAAUGUUGGACAACACGGUGGAAGUGCUUGAGAUUGAGUCAAAGUACUACGGCCAGACGUUAUUGACAGAAGUUUACAAGCAUCUGAAUUUGAUUGAAUCUGACUACUUUGGGAUCGAAUUCCAGAACCUCCAGUCAUAUUGGAUUUGGCUGGAACCUAUGAAACCUGUUAUUAAACAAGUACGGAGACCAAAGACUACAAUGCUUCGUCUAGCUGUAAAGUUUUUCCCUCCAGACCCGGGUCAGUUGCAAGAGGAAUACACCAGGUACCUUUUUGCGCUGCAAAUCAAGAGAGACUUGGCCGAGGAGCGGCUGACCUGCAGCGACAACACAGCCGCGCUCCUGGUCUCUCACCUCCUGCAGUCCGAAAUAGGGGAUUUUGAUGAAUCGGAGGAUCGAGAACACCUUAAAACAAACCAGUAUUUGCCAAACCAGGAAAGAAUUGAGGGGAAGAUUCUGGAGUUCCACAGGAAGCACGUGGGUCAAACUCCUGCUGAUUCUGCUGAAUCUGACUUUCAAGUGCUUGAAAUUGCUCGGAAACUGGAGAUGUAUGGCAUCAGGUUCCACCUUGCAUCAGACCGAGAGGGCACCAAAAUUAAUCUGGCUGUGUCGCACAUGGGUGUGCUGGUAUUCCAGGGUAAUACGAAAAUCAACACCUUCAACUGGUCGAAGGUCCGUAAACUGAGCUUCAAGAGGAAAAGAUUCCUUAUUAAACUCCACCCAGAGGUCUGUGGCCCGUAUCAAGAUACACUGGAGUUUCUUUUGGGAAGUAGGGAUGAGUGUAAAAACUUCUGGAAAAUCUGUGUUGAAUAUCACACGUUCUUUAGGCUCUUUGAUCAGCCAAAGCCAAAGGCUAAAGCAGUGUUCUUCACCAGAGGGUCAUCAUUCAGAUACAGUGGACGAACACAGAAGCAACUAGUGGAUUAUAUUAAGGACAGUGGGAUGAAGAAAACCCCGUAUGAAAGGAGACACAGCAAAGCCAGGGCAUCCACACGCACUUCGAAUGCUGACGUGCCAAAACAGAGUGUCCCAUUCACUGAGGGCUUGAGAACCCCGGGGUCUCCUGCCUCAGCAGCUGCCCCCUUCCACUCAGUUCACACAUCGGCCACUCCUGCUCCUGUCCUGCCCAUCUUUGCAGAAACCAGCCCUUCCUCUUUGGACCCCCGAGCACCGUACACACGGAUUCCAGAAAAAACUACUCCAGCGCCAGGAGAAGAAGCAGGGAGGAAGCUGAUGCAGCAGCCUGGAUCUCCCAUGCUCCAAGGUUUUGAUGGCCUCACCGUGAACCAUCCUCAGCUCUCGUCCCUCGUGCUGAAGAGUCCCCUGGGCUUGAACCCCACUUUUCAGGUGAACCUGAACGCAGCCGGCCAGGGUUCAUCCCCUCUUCUGAGUCCUGUCCUCAGCGAUGCUGGCGGCGCUAGGAUAGAAGAGGAUGACGAAAUGAAGCGUAAGCGCUAUCCAGCCGACAAGGCAUACUUCAUAGCAAAGGAGAUUCUUGCUACAGAACGGACAUAUUUAAAGGACCUGGAAGUUAUUACGGUGUGGUUUCGCAGUGCAGUCAUCAAGGAGAACGCGAUGCCGGAGGGCCUGAUGACACUACUCUUCUCCAACAUAGACCCAAUUUAUGAGUUUCAUCGAGGCUUUCUGAAAGAGAUUGAGCAAAGGCUGUCGCUCUGGGAAGGAAAAACCAAUGCUCACGUUAAAGGAGAUUAUCAGCGCAUUGGAGAUGUCAUGCUCAGGAACAUGCGUACUCUAAAGGAGUUUACCAGUUACCUGCAGAAGCACGACGAGGUCCUGACGGAACUGGAGAAAGCAACUAAACGCCUCAAGAAGCUGGAAAUGGUGUAUAAGGAGUUUGAGCUGCAGAAGGUUUGCUACCUGCCCCUCAACACCUUUCUGCUCAAACCCAUCCAGAGGCUGAUGCACUACAAGCUCAUCCUGGGGAGGCUCUGCAAGCACUACACAGCCGAGCACCGGGACUUUGCCGACUGCCGGAAUGCGCUGAAGGAGGUGACAGAAAUGACAUCGCAGCUGCAGCACAGCCUCAUCCGCCUGGAGAACUUCCAGAAGCUGACAGAGCUGCAGCACGACUUGAUUGGGAUCGAUAAUCUCACGGCACCCGGCCGGGAGUUUAUCCGGGAAGGUUGCUUGUAUAAGCUCACUAAGAAGGGUUUGCAGCAGCGGAUGUUCUUUCUGUUCUCAGAUAUGUUGCUGUACACAAGCAAAGGGGUUACAGGGACAAACCAAUUCAAAAUCCACGGACACCUUCCCCUGCAUGGCAUGUUGGUGGAGGAGAGUGAGAACGAAUGGGCUGUCCCGCACUGCUUCACCAUCUAUUCGGCACAAAAAACCAUCGUGGUGGCAGCAAGCACCCGCUUGGAGAUGGGGAAGUGGAUGGAAGACCUAAACGUGGCGAUUGAAAUGGCCAAGAAAUCUACAGAGAAAUCUGACAUGCUACUGGAGAACUCAGUGUGCAAUCGCUCCAACAGAUCCUCUGACGAGGUCUCUCUAGAGCAGGAGUCCGAAGAUGACAUACACUCUUCUCGUAGCUCCUUGGACAGGCAGAGCCACCACCGUGCCAACACAACCAUGCACGUGUGCUGGUACCGCAACACCAGCGUCUCCAUGACGGACCACAGUGUGGCUGUCGAGAACCAGCUCUCCGGGUACUUGCUGAGAAAGUUCAAGAACAGCAAUGGCUGGCAGAAACUUUGGGUCGUCUUCACCAACUUUUGCUUGUUCUUCUACAAAACGCACCAGGACGAUUACCCCUUGGCCAGUCUCCCGCUGCUCGGCUACACAGUCAGCUCCCCCGUGGAGGCAGACGGCAUUCAGAAGGAUUACGUCUUCAAGCUGCAGUUCAAGUCCCACGUGUAUUUCUUCAGGGCUGAGAGCAAAUACACCUUUGAGAGGUGGAUGGAGGUGAUCAAGAGAGCCACCAGCUCUCCGGCCAGGUCGAGCCUGCUGCUUCCAAGGGAUGAGAAGGACGCUCACCGAGACUGA